AUGAGUAUUUGUAGAAGAAGUGCUGCAUUAAUUUUGAUAAGAGAUGAUUUUAAGGUCCUAAUGUUAAAAAGAAAUAAUGAUAUUUCUUUCGGAGGAUCAUUUGCAUUUCCUGGCGGAGUUCUUGAAGAAACAGAUUAUAAAUUAGCUUAGACAGAUUCUUAAUUAAUUUUAAAAAAUCACUCAAAAUAUUAUUGCAAUCAAACAUAUACAUGGUAUGAUACAUCCUUAAUUGCUGCUAUUCGAGAAACUACUGAAGAGACUAAUAUUUCAUUAGAUUCUAAAUAACUAUAUUCAUAAAUAAAACCAUUCAUAAGGAUCAUUACACCUUAAAUGAUGAAAAAAAGAUAUGACACAUAGUUUUUUAUUUUAAAUUUAAACAAUUACGAUACACUAAACAUUAAUAAGAAUGAAAGUAUUAGCUAUGAAUGGAAUACUCCUUUUGCCUUUUUGGAAAAAUAUAUUAACAAUUAGAUAAGUUUAUUUCCACCAAUAUUCUUAUAAUUAAUUAUACUUAAAUAAUUGGGAAGUUUUUAAAAUAUUAUUACCUAUAUUAAUUAAGGAGAUCUAUUGAAACAUACGUAUCCUCAUGUUUUCUAAUUUAGUAAAUAUAUUUAUGAGUUUUUAUUAGCUAAUAAAGGAAUUCUUAAUUAUCCAGAUCCAAACUUUGAUUUAUAAAAGCUUUUAGAAAAUGAAUAAACUGAUUAUCUAAAAAAUGAAUUAAAAAUUAGAUAUAAUUAGAUAGAAAGAUCAGAUUUUCGAUUUUAGUUAGAGGGAAACUUGAAAAGAUUGGUUGGCCAUAUAGGAAAAUUUUAAAAUUCACCUUUAGCAUUAUUAAAUGGUGAAAUUAUAAAUGAUAACUAAUUUACAUAAAAUAAACCAAGAUUUUGA